CUUUCUCUUUUGCAUCCUCUCUUUUCUUCAUUAUCCUUUCUUGUAUAUUCCUUUUCUUUUUUCUUUUUUCUCUCCCAGUCCUCAUCACUUUCUCUCAUUCACUUCUUCACUUGUCACACCUUUCUCCUCCCCUGUCCUUCUUUUACUUUGCCCUUUAUUCUUUGGUCUCUCCCAAUAUUCCAACCAUGUUGUCCCUCAUAGGACCCUCCUCUUCUCCUUGCUUACACUCAGACUCUUUCGCAGUCCCACCCUCUUCUGCUUCGACCUCCAAUUGCAUUGGAAACAAAUCUAUUAUUACUACCUCCACUUCUACUAUCAUUACUACUUCUUCCCCUUCUCAACAAUCUCCUCCUUUGAAAUCCUCCCCUUCUACUGCUCCUUUGAAUAACUCUUCCAACUAUAAAGAGAUCGUUGCACAGUUCACGGCGCGUGCACCUCAACCCUAUGGAGUUAUCCCUCCUCGUCGAAAAAGAGACCAGAGCAAAUUGAUUCGAUCCUCCUCUGCUUCCUCCAUCUCUACCUCCAAUCUCAAUAAAAACCCCAACAGCAUCAAUAAAAAGAAUCCGUCCUCUUCGUCCUCUACUCCAUCUUCACCCACCGAAACAUCCCACAAUGCUGUUGAAUUGCAGCAAACAUCCUUUAAUCCUAAAAAUAAAAAGAACAAUGAUAGCAGUGAUUGCAGAAAUGGGAGUACUCAGAUAGUUCGACCUUUGUUUCACUCUCUCCAAUCUCUUAUCCUUCCGGAAUCUACUUCAUCCUCCACUCGAUUGGGCUUUUGGGCGAACCUUAAGGCCCACUAUCUUGCGGCGGCCACCACCACGCUUUCCUGGUCUGUUAUCUCCAGCCAAGGUCCACAGAGUUCUGCCUCUACUAGAGGAAGGGGUGCAGUAGACGAAUACGAGUUCUCUCCUCCGAUCGCACUCCGCCUCUCAAAUAGUACACCGGUUGCUGCCGUCGAUGCAAUUGCUCCCCAUUCUGCAUCCCUCUCCAUGACGGACGCAUAUCUGUCUCUACCCAAUCUCGCCACCCCUGCUUCACAUGCUUCUUAUCACCAACAUGGCUCCGUCACCUUUCCUGUAUCGGUCGCGGCUAUGGAUAGGUUCAAACCCGACCACUCGGAUACGAUCCCACUAAAGACCUUUACCUAUCAUGAAACACCAGUGAUUGAACGUCCACAGCCUCUUCCCCUCCCUCUUCCGCUCUCAUCUAAUAAGCGUGGUAACAACGCUGCUGCUGCUAGUAAAAAGGCGACAAGCAAUCAUCCUUCCUCUCCAUCCACAAAGAGAGCCAAAAACUCCUCUAAUGGUGAUGCUGAUGAAUUACUUCCUCUUCCAAGACAUCUUGCUACACGCGAGACGCGUUCCAACACUAACUAUCUGCGGAUGAUGGCAGCUGAGUUGAGAAUGAUUCGGUCUCGUAAACUUGUCUCUCCUCUCAAGCCUCGAGGCUACUUGCCUAGAAGGAAGGAUCCAUUCCGAAGAGUGAAAUCCCCAUUGUGCAAUAGCCUCGAGUUACUCAGAGAAGAGGAUGAUCAUCCUUUAAACGACAUUAUGGUCGGUUCCUGGUCCUCUGUCUCCUCAACGGAUUCGUAUCUGUCGUCGAGCUCAUCCGAGUAUCAGACAGCUAAUGAAGGCUGCUAAAAAAAAAAAAAAAAAAAAAA